AAUGCUAUCAGUGUUCAGAGCUCUCGAGGUUUUUAAUUUUUUUUAGUGUUAUUUACUUAUCAAUCAUGCCUAAGACAUUAAGAAGUGGUGAAAGAGAAUUGGUUCUCAAAGUUAAAAGGUUUUGUGAACGUGAAAAAACUAAUAAAGCUCCUCUUAUUCCAUUCGAAAAUGUUCGCCGUCGGGUAGCAGCCAUGACAGGUAUAUCAGAAAAGACGGUGACAAAAAUAUGUCAAGAAGGUGCAGUUGCCGCGAGUACAUCCACGAAAAUUUCAACUCCGGGAAAAUCACGCCCACACGAAAAGAGAGUUAAAUUGGACGACUUUGACCUAUGCGUUAUACGUCAUAAAGUUCAUGAAUUUUAUGCUGUUCGAAAAGAAGUUCCGACCUUGACAAAACUAUUGCAUGAUUUGAAGGUCGAUAUUAAUUUCAACGGAAGCCGCACAAGUCUGUGGAGGAUCAUGCGAUCAAUUGGUUUUCGCUUUCAAAAAUGCAAAAGCAGGAGAAAAAUUUUAAUGGAGAGGCCAGACAUAAUAGCUUGGCGAGCUAAAUCUCUAACACAGAUGCGGGUGAAGAAGGAGUUCUAUCUUCCGAUACAAAGGGAGCUCGCUGGAUUAUAG